UCCUGCAAGAACUAGACGGAGCUGAUCGGAGAGGAGUAACAGGGAGGGGGGGAGCAGUUUUAGAAAAACAUAGAUAACACCCCAAAAAACAGAACAGCUGUCUUGUCGACACGGGAAGGAUGUUUUAGAAUAGGGAAAUAGGUGGAAUUUUCAUUUUGAUUUGCACGUUUAGAGUCAGCAACCCUAAAAUCAGAGGGGGAAGGGUUCGAAUAUUUUUUUCUUUUAAGUGAUCGACUCCCCAAAUGAACUCCGUCAGAGCAACCAGCAGGAGACCCAGGCGAGUAUCGAGGCCGCGCCCGGCGCAGCCGGAAAGGAACAACGGUGAAAGAGAUGAGGACAUUCCUGCAGAUAUGGUUGCAGAAGAAUCCGGUCCAGGAGCACAGAACAGUCCCUACCAACUCCGCAGGAAGUCCCUUUUACCCAAGAGAACCGCUUGUCCAGCCAAGAGCAGCAUGGAGGGUGCUUCCACUUCAGCCACAGAGAACUUUGGCCACCGUGCCAAACGGGCCCGAGUGUCGGGCAAAUCGCAGGACCUGCCAGCUGCCCCGGCAGAGCAGUACCUGCAGGAGAAGCUUCCGGACGAGGUCGUGCUGAAGAUCUUCUCAUACCUUUUGGAGCAGGACUUGUGCCAGGCGGCAUGCGUGUGCAAGCGCUUCAGUGAGCUGGCCAACGACCCCAUCCUGUGGAAGAGGCUGUACAUGGAGGUGUUUGAGUACACGCGUCCCAUGAUGCACCCUGAGCCUGGAAAGUUCUACCAGAUCAACCCUGAGGAGUAUGAUCAACCCAACCCCUGGAAGGAGAGCUUCCAACAGCUGUACAAAGGAGCACAUGUAAAACCAGGCUUUGCAGAACACUUCUACAGUAACCCAGCCAGAUACAAAGGGCGAGAAAACAUGCUGUACUACGACACCAUCGAGGACGCGCUGGGCGGGGUCCAGGAAGCCCACUUCGACGGCUUGAUAUUUGUCCACUCCGGCAUCUACACAGACGAGUGGAUCUACAUCGAGUCCCCCAUCACCAUGAUCGGCGCAGCACCUGGGAAGGUGGCAGAUAAGGUGAUCAUUGAGAACACCAGAGACUCUACCUUUGUGUUCAUGGAGGGGUCAGAGGACGCCUAUGUUGGCUACAUGACCAUUAGGUUUAACCCUGAUGACAAGUCUGCACAGCACCACAAUGCUCACCACUGCCUGGAGAUCACAGUCAACUGCAGCCCCAUCAUUGACCACUGCGUCAUCCGGAGCACCUGCACAGUGGGCUCAGCGGUGUGUGUAAGCGGCCAGGGGGCGUGUCCCACCAUCAAGCACUGCAACAUCAGCGACUGUGAGAACGUGGGGCUGUACAUCACGGACCACGCACAGGGGAUAUACGAGGACAACGAGAUCUCCAAUAACGCGCUGGCGGGGAUCUGGGUGAAAAACCACGGCAACCCCAUCAUCAGACGCAACCACAUCCACCACGGCAGAGACGUUGGGGUGUUCACCUUUGACCACGGCAUGGGCUACUUUGAGAGCUGCAACAUCCACAGGAACCGGAUAGCGGGCUUCGAGGUGAAGGCGUACGCCAACCCCACAGUGGUGCGCUGCGAGAUCCACCACGGACAGACAGGCGGUAUCUAUGUGCAUGAGAAGGGGCGGGGCCAGUUCAUCGAGAACAAGAUCUACGCCAACAACUUCGCCGGCGUGUGGAUCACCUCCAACAGCGACCCCACCAUCAGGGGUAACUCCAUUUUCAACGGUAACCAAGGCGGCGUGUACAUAUUUGGCGAUGGGCGGGGUCUCAUCGAGAGCAACGACAUCUACGGCAACGCCCUGGCGGGAAUCCAGAUCCGCACCAACAGCUGCCCCAUUGUCCGGCACAACAAGAUCCACGACGGCCAGCACGGGGGCAUCUAUGUGCAUGAGAAGGGGCAGGGCGUGAUCGAGGAGAACGAGGUGUACAGCAACACCCUGGCGGGCGUGUGGGUGACGACAGGGAGCACGCCCGUGCUGCGGAGGAACCGCAUCCACAGCGGGAAGCAGGUGGGGGUGUAUUUCUAUGACAACGGGCACGGUGUGCUGGAAGACAACGACAUCUACAACCACAUGUACUCAGGCGUUCAGAUCAGAACCGGCAGCAACCCCAAGAUCCGGCGAAACAAGAUCUGGGGAGGCCAGAACGGCGGCAUCCUGGUUUACAACUCUGGUCUGGGAUUUAUCGAGGACAAUGAGAUCUUCGACAACGCCAUGGCCGGGGUCUGGAUAAAGACGGACAGCAACCCCACGCUGAGGAGGAAUAAAAUCCACGACGGGAGAGAUGGAGGGAUCUGCAUAUUCAACGGAGGAAGAGGGGUGCUGGAGGAGAACGACAUCUUCCGGAACGCCCAGGCGGGUGUGCUCAUCAGCACCAACAGCCACCCUGUCCUGCGCAAGAACCGCAUUUUCGACGGCUUCGCUGCAGGUAUCGAGAUCACGAACCACGCCACAGCCACGCUAGAGGGCAAUCAGAUUUUCAACAACCGCUUUGGGGGGCUGUUCCUGGCGUCCGGAGUCAAUGUUACGAUGAAAGGUAAGCCCGGAUGGAAUUUGGGUCUGUCCAUCUUUCUGUUGGUGCAUCCAUCUCACACACAGUUGCCGCUCGUCGAAUCGGAGCCCCCCGCCCUCAUGCUCCACACCUGUGCCUCCCCCCCUUCUGCAGAUAACAAAAUAAUGAACAAUCAGGACGCCAUCGAGAAAGCAGUGAGCCGAGGGCAGUGCCUCUACAAGAUUUCCAGCUACACCAGCUACCCGAUGCAUGACUUCUACAGGUGUCACACCUGCAACACGACAGACCGGAACGCAAUCUGCGUCAACUGCAUCAAGAAGUGCCAUCAAGGGCACGACGUGGAGUUUAUAAGGCACGAUAGGUUUUUCUGUGACUGCGGUGCUGGGACGCUCUCAAACCCUUGCACGCUGGCAGGAGAGCCCACUCACGACACGGACACUCUGUAUGACUCCGCCCCCCCUAUAGAGUCCAACACGCUGCAGCACAACUGAGCAAGCCACGCCCACACCCCCUUCCCUCAACCCUGCUGCCCCCUUCCCCAAACACACACAGACACAAACAUGCCCCCCUCCUAACCAGGAGCCCUCCCCCAUGAAAGAAAUGGAGAGCUUGUGCCUUUGUGGCCCACAGACGGACUCCAUGUGUAAAAUAAAGAAGUGAGAAGGAAAUGCAAACUAGGUUAUUAAAAAAAUUCAACCAGUAUAAAAACCUCAAAAAAAUCUUUACAGACUUUCAGACAAUGCAAGAGCUGGCCCCAGCUCUGAAUGGAGAUUACAUUUAUAUAUAAAUUAAAAAAGCUUACUGAUAUCUGUGGAUGUGAAGCCUUUCUGAUCUUUUCUGUUCCUGCGUUGUUUCUAAGAAGAUAAGGAGAGAGCAAAAGAGAGACACCUGAACGGCAAAGAGAAGCAAUAUAUUGACUCAGGAUUGUGGAGUCGAGG